AAUUUGAUUUGAUUAGCGGGUGAUGGAUGAUGCAUUUAAUUUUCUGUGAAUGAGUGGAGAAGCACUUUUUCUCUCUCCUCCGUUCCAUGAUGUGAGUGAGAGAUAGCCAACAAUAUAGUACGCAUGAACAGUGGUAUUGCAUAGACCUAAGAGGGUGAGUUUCACACAGAGAUACAUCUUUCAUUGGGAAGGAAAACUCUGAGUUAAGUUGCAGAGACACACGUUAACCCUGUGUGUAGCCUCUGUGUCUCCACCUGCAUUUAACACACAGCACUGGUAGUGUUUGAGUUUAUGUGUGUGAGAUAGAGAGAGAAAGAAUGAGAUUAAGAAGCAACACUGUUGAUGCACAGAAGGAGGAAGGUAGACUACACAUUCCCAAGGGAGGACUCUGAAUCUGAAUCUGAUUCCACUACCUUUUACAGGCUAUAGAGCCAAGAGCCCAAAAAUCCCUAUUGUUCUGACUGACUAUCCAUUUGGGUUCUUUGGAGUUUUCUACAAAAAAAGACUCAGAUUUUUUAGCUUCAUUUCCGGGAGUACUCUCUGGACAAUUAUAUGCAGUGCUCUUUUUGAGAAAACAGUAAGGUGGGGACUAGGAACAACUGAUCCAAGCCAAAGAGGGUUUGGAGGGAACAGUUGCAGUGAGCUUUCUGAGAUGGACAUGAUGAACAUGGAAACUAAUAGGAAGUUUCUUUCUCUGCCUCUUACUAACAAUUCUGGUGCUCAAAUGCGCACCGAUAGAAGACUACCUGUCGCUACCAACAGCAUCCCUCAGGAUCAUCACUACACCCACCACAACCCCACCGACACUUGCAGUGUGAGGGAUAAAAUCAUGGCACAUCCUCUUUUUCCUCGUCUCUUGUCGUCUUACCUCAAUUGCCUAAAGGUUGGAGCACCUCCUGAAAUGGUGGCUAGCUUGGAGGAGUCAUGUGCCAAAUGUGAAUCCAUCAAUGCAUCAUCAGGAAGGACAGGAAGUGGUUCCAUAGGUGAAGAUCCAGCCCUGGACCAGUUCAUGGAGGCCUACUGUGAGAUGCUCAUUAAGUAUGAGCAAGAGCUUACGAAACCCUUUAAAGAAGCCAUGCUUUUUUUCUCAAGAAUUGAGUGUCAGCUCAAAGCCCUAGCAGUUUCAUCAGAUUUUGGUCAAAGUGAAUCAUCAUCACAGAACGAGGUUGAUGUGCAUGAAAACAACCUAGACACUCAAGCUGAAGAUCGGGAACUGAAAGUUCAGCUUCUGCGCAAGUAUAGUGGAUAUCUUGGGAGCCUGAAGAAGGAAUUUUUGAAGAAGAAAAAGAAUGGAAAGUUGCCAAAGGAAGCUCGACAGCAACUGCUUGAUUGGUGGAACCGCCAUUACAAGUGGCCCUACCCUUCGGAAUCUCAAAAGCAGGCACUGGCAGAAUCCACAGGCCUAGAUUUGAAACAGAUCAACAACUGGUUCAUCAAUCAGAGAAAACGUCAUUGGAAGCCUUCUGAAGAUAUGCAGUUUGCAGUGAUGGAUGCAACUAACUACUACAUGGAAAAUGUUAUGUGCAAGCCAUUUCCAAUGGAUGGCAUGCCCAUGCUUCUUUAACACAAUCAAUCCUCUACUAUAUAAUAUCCAAUAGCUGAGCCAAAAACCCUAUCUAUUUUUAAGUUGUUUUUUAGGUCUCUCUCGAAGUUGGUAUCAUAUAUGUCAUCGAUGCGUGUUUUACCUUAAUUAAAUUGUAGAAAGCAGAACGAAAAAUCUAAGUCAUUACUGAACUGCAAGCUUUGUAAGUGUGCAUGAAUCUAACUUUGUGCUCUAUUAAUCUACACUGUCUGUGCAGAUCACUAGAGAUUUCUCUCUCUGUGUUAUUUCCUAAUUUAAUGAAAAGUAUAUUUUGUUUU